GACUGCAGAAAAACCAGAGGCUGCUCAGUGAAAAGACCUCCUCUAGAUCCUGUGUGGAGGCAAACUGGAAGGAGAGGAUCUCACCUCCUGCAGCUCUCUCAGAAACCCAGAGCACGGUUUGCUGAAACAUCAAUUUGCAGAGUUUUUAGUCCUGGCUGGCUGAAAAGCACGGUUCCCAGAGCCUCUCUCAGCCAUGGCUAUGGUGUGUCUUUCAGACUUCGAAGCAUAUGCUAGGAAGUAUUUACCCAAGAUUGCUUGGGAUUUUUUUGCAGCUGGAGCAGAUGAUUGUAGCACUCGAGAUGAAAACAUCCUGGCAUAUAAAAGAAUUCAUUUCCAGCCACGUAUGCUGCGGGACGUAUCCCUGAUGGACAUUAGGACUAAGCUCCUGGGGACUGAAAUCAGCUUUCCUGUAGGAAUCGCCCCUACUGGCUUCCACCAGCUAGCAUGGCCUGAUGGAGAGAAAAGCACAGCCAGAGCGGCCCGCGCGAUGAACACCUGCUACAUCGCCAGCACCUACUCCACCUGCACGCUGGAGGAGAUCUCGGCAGCCGCUCCCGGCGGCCUCCGCUGGUUCCAGCUCUACAUCCACCGCAAGCGGGAGGUUUCUCAGCAGCUGGUCCAACGGGCAGAGGCCUCAGGUUUCCAGGGCCUGGUCCUCACGGCAGAUGUGCCCUACACUGGCAAAAGACGAGCUGAUCUCCGCAAUGGUUUCCUCCUGCCUCCCCACAUGAAACCCAAGAACUUGGAAGGAGCCUUUGAGGGAGAUGACCGUUCUGAGUAUGGGCUGCCACCCAACAGCCUGGAUCCUUCGGUCACCUGGAGCGAUAUCUACUGGCUGCGGAGCCUGACCCACCUGCCCAUCAUCGUCAAAGGCAUCGUGACAAAAGAAGAUGCAGAGCUGGCAGUGAGACAUGGAGUUCAGGGGAUUAUUGUGUCCAAUCAUGGUGGAAGGCAACUGGACGGAGGACCUGCCACUAUUGAUGCUCUGGUUGAGGUUGUGGAGGCAGUGCAAGGCAGAGUUGAAGUUUAUUUAGAUGGUGGAAUACGAAAAGGAAGUGACAUAUUGAAAGCACUGGCACUGGGAGCAAAAUGUGUCUUUAUUGGAAGACCAGCUUUAUGGGGUCUGGCUUACAAGGGUGAAGAAGGGCUUCAAGACGUCUUGAGGAUUUUGCAGGAGGAGUUCCGCUUGUCGAUGGCCUUAGCUGGCUGUGCCACUGUCUCAGAGAUUGGUCCACACCUUGUUCGGUUCUCAAAGCUGUGAACAGCCUCCUGCAAUGCCCACCCAAGAAAGGCAGCUCACGCUGCUGAGGUCCCAAACCAGACUGAAGACAGGAAAAGGAAGUGCAAACAUUGAAUGUGAAUAAGUGUCUGUUAAGACCUGUAGGAGACUCCUGAAAACAGGCAAAGGCCAUGCUCUGCUUUUGUUGAGACCAAUGAGUUCUUUAACACUUUGGGUAACUGUUACUUGCUUAAAUACAUUUACUUUAGACUGGC